CUCUCUCUCUCUCCCCUCCCCCUCCCCCUCCCCCCUCUCUAUCUCUCAGCUUCUUACUGGUAUUGUAAAGAUUAAUAAACGAAGAAAGUGGCGAAAACGAUAAGAGUUUGAAUUAUUUAUAUGUUUUAGAGCAUUAGAAGUCUUCUGACACAGCUCCAACGAAUUUCAUUCAAUUCCUAUCGAAUUGGAUAGAGCUAAUUGCAGUUGCUCUGGUUUCGCCAUUUUUUUGAGGAUGUUGAGGAGCUCAGUUUAAUUUCUUUAUUUUUCUGUUGGUUUCAUUGGUUUCCGAUGAGUCAAACGAGCAUUGGAUCCAGAUCGAGGGGGUGGUGAUUACAAGGCGGAGAAGAAAUGAGUGAUAGUCAGCGGUUUCAGCUUGGCACCGUCGGGGCAUUGUCUCUGUCAGUGGUUUCAUCGGUGUCGAUCGUGAUUUGCAAUAAGGCACUUAUAAGUACUCUUGGUUUCACUUUUGCAACAACUUUGACUAGCUGGCAUCUUCUGGUCACAUUCUGUUCCCUUCAUGUGGCAUUAUGUAUGAAACUGUUUGAACACAAGCCUUUUGAUGCACGAGCUGUUAUGGGCUUUGGCAUACUUAAUGGGAUUUCUAUUGGACUACUGAAUCUUAGCUUGGGUUUCAACUCUGUGGGCUUCUACCAGAUGACGAAGCUGGCAAUCAUUCCUUGUACCGUUCUUUUGGAGACUCUCUUCUUUAGGAAGAAGUUUAGUAGGAACGUCCAGGCCUCUCUUUCCAUCCUCCUCUUGGGUGUUGGUGUUGCAACUGUGACUGAUCUGCAGCUCAAUGCUCUGGGUUCUAUUUUGUCACUGUUAGCAGUUGUUACAACUUGUGUUGCUCAAAUUAUGACCAACACUAUCCAGAAGAGGUUUAAGGUUUCUUCAACCCAACUUUUGUAUCAGUCUUGCCCCUAUCAAGCCAUGACAUUAUUUAUCGUUGGUCCAUUUCUAGAUGGACUUCUGACUAAUCAAAAUGUUUUUGCAUUCAAGUAUACACCUCAAGUGUUGGUGUUCAUUGUUCUGUCCUGCCUGAUCUCUGUCUCUGUUAACUUCAGUACAUUUCUUGUAAUUGGAAAGACGUCUCCUGUUACCUAUCAGGUCCUGGGACAUUUGAAAACAUGCCUCGUUCUGGCCUUUGGUUAUGUUUUACUUCGUGACCCUUUUAGCUGGAGGAACAUAUUUGGAAUCGUGAUUGCCAUCAUUGGAAUGAUACUGUAUUCGUACUUCUGCAGUGUUGAGAGUCAGCAGAAAGCUAUUGAAGCAUCUGCACAGUUGUCACAGGCGAAGGAAAAUGAAUCUGAUCCUUUAAUAAGUGUGGAAAAUGGAACGGGGAUUGGGAAUGAUGGUGCUGCCCUAACAACCCCUGUCUGGAGCUUGAACAAAGAUUUGCGUGCAUAAAGGUUUUUGUACUUCAUUAAUCCACAGAACAUGAGAGGUUAAUAGGAAACUGUUCCAGCAAUGAAGAAUUCAGGAGCAAGGGGAUGGCCUCGAUGAACUGCAUCUACUAAUGCGAGAGAAUAGAGAUGUUGUUUGAAAAGAUUAUGGGGGAUCGCCAAUAUAAUAGUUUUUUAUUUUUAUUUUUUGGUAGAAGCCAUUAUAAUAGUUGAAAUAGUAGCAAAAAAUGCAUUUAUUUUCCUUAGCAGUUUUGUCUUCCAUUUAUAUAUGUUCCGAAGAGUUCUCAAGCUGGAUGUAAUCCCUGUUAAUUUGACGGUUGAUUGAGCAUUAUUGUUUCUAAAUAUUGGAAGAAGAAAGAAGAUUUUUUAGGAUUAA